UGAAAAACAAUCUUUAUUGACCUUCCAGAAGCCCACACUUCCAUCAUUUUCUCACCACCUAUAACCAAACAACCCCCAUUUAUAAUCUUCAAUUUCCCCCCCAAAUCUAACAACCAUCAUCCCCUUUUCACUAAUUCAUCACAAAGAUGCCACCUUUUUCACAAUCAAGCCCUCUUUCAACAGUGUUUUCCCCAAAUCAUCACAAACCCAACAACCAUUCAUCCACCAAUAUUGUCACAAUUGAUGUGGGUGGUCAGAUCUUUCAAACCACCAAACAAACCCUAACCCUAGCUGGCUCCAACACCCUUUUCUCCAAUCUUUUCAACUCUUAUGAUCAAAACAAUCAAAUCCCAUUUGUUGAUAGAGACCCUGAUCUCUUUUCAAUCCUUCUUUCUGUUUUAAGAACCGGUAAUCUCCCAUCAAAAGCUAAGCUUUUUGACAUUCAAGAUAUCAUCUUUGAGGCAAAAUAUUAUGGGAUUGAUCAUCUUCUUGUUCAAUGUCAAUCAAACCCAUCUCAAUUUGAAGCUUUUAAUCUUGAAAAAUCAAAGAUUUUGAAUCUUGGUGGCAGAGAUCCUAUCUCUGUUAUUGAUACAUCACAAAAUGGGUCAGUUCUUGUUUCUCAUGGAAGCAAGAUCACAUCUUUUGACUGGGCUUUGCAAAGAAAGUCAACGGUUUUGACCCGAUUCGCCGCCAUUGAUUCUUUGUUGUCUUUAUCAUCUAAUGUUGUUGCAGCAGGUGCCACUGAUUUCUCUGGGCUGCAAAUUAUUGAUCUUGAUAAGGGUUUGUUAAUGCAGAGUUUGAAUUGGGAAAACUUGACUAAAUCUAGCUCAACCGUUCAAGCAAUUGGGAAAUCACCCGAGUUUUUAUUUACUAGUUUUGAAUCGGGCCGUAGGAAUUCGAAUUCUAUUAUGGUUUAUGAUGUUAAUGAUGGGUUUAGAACUGUAUCCGAGAUAGCGCGCAACGAAAUCUUUGGUGCCGAUCUUGAUUCUUGCAUUCCAGCGAUGAAACUAAAAUGGGUUCCGAGCGUUAAUCUGUUAAUGGCUGCAGCGUCUCAUAGCGGGCCAUCUGGAGUUUCGGGGAACAUAAAGUUUUGGGACGUAAGAUCAGGCGAAAUCGCGUGGGAGAUUAAAGAAAAAUCCGAUUGUUUUUCGGAUGUCACGGUUUCCAACACCCUUUCGGCUGUUUUCAAGAUUGGGAUAAACUCAGGAGAAGCGUCGUACAUCGAUUUUAGGCGCAUUGAUUCUAACAACUCUUGGAAUUAUUUCGGUGGUACGAAGAAACCGAUGAAUGGGAAGAAAGAAGGGCUUGGGUGCAAGAUUGAGAGCCAUGGAAACCAAGUGUUUUGUGGUAAAGAAGGUGAAUUGGAGGUGUGUUCAGAAGUUUUGAUGGUUGAAAAUGGGAAAGAUGAAAGAGUAUUUAGAAAGAACCUUUUGGGAAGAACAAAGGAUGUAGGGGGAAAUAGGGUUACAAAUUUGGGAUUUAGUGGAAGUAAAAUGUUUGUAACUAGAAGAGAUCAACAAUGUGUUGAGGUUUGGGAAAGCUCCAGAAGAGGAUUUUAGUUAAAAGUUAAAACACAUAGAUGACAGUUUAGUAAUCAUUUUUUAAAAAAAGUUGUAACACCCAAAAUAUAUUAUACAAGUACAAGGAUAUAUUAUUUCACCAUAUACAUCAACA